CUCAUUCAUUGCACGUUGGCAAUUAAUAUAUGUCCUUGUUAACGGUAAAAACCGUCGUCAUAACUUCAGGUAAAUAAAACUGUAUUACAUUAUAUUUUUGUACAUGUUCGCGCUGUAUGUGUACCUCUACGUGAAUUGCUUCGAUAUAGAUCCCCUUGUCAUAUGGUAUAACAUUUGUUUCACCGAGUCAAGCCAAUUUUCUCAUUUUCCGAGAAUAUGUACAUGUAUUUAUUUUCUGCUAGGUCGCCUUCGGUAUUCCAUUGUGGACAUAGAUUUUAUAAAGUGGCCUUAUAAUGUGUAUUAAACGCAUGUGACGCCGGAAAGUGCUUUGUAUAAGCAAUUUAUAACUCUGUUUUAAGAUAAAUUGUCGUUCUUAUGUUACAUUUCAAUAAUAUCAAGCUAUUGAAAUAUCGUAGUUACAUGUAAGUGCAUGCCUAAGAUACUCAACUAAAAAUGUUACUGUUAAAGACAGACUCUACAAUGCAUCAUUCAGAGGCCGCGUUCUGUACAGAAUCCAGGUACACAAUCUCAGUUGUUACUGUGGAAGUUUCAUCUCACUGCACACCAACAGUAAACUGUCACAGGGCUUCUAUAUUGAUGUUGGAAAGUUAUACAUUACAUUGUAUUUCAAAAAGUGUAGUUCCUCUAGAUUUAUAUAAGCCUUUGCUUUAAAUAUACGAUACGCUGAAUAGCGUCUACAUUUAUUUCUCUAUUAGUUGACAUUAAAUUGAUAUUAAUAUUGCUACAGUUGAUCCUCAAACUUUUAUCACAUACAUAGCUCUUAUGCUCUAUCUUCAGAACAACAGAAAUGUACUGACUUUUAAAACCCCUUUUAAAACUCUUUGUACCCAUUUAAGAUGAAUCUAAAAACAAUGUCCCACAUCAAAGAACACUGAUUAUGGUUACGUCCAAAGCCCGAUUUAAAGGACAGGCCCUCCAUCGGUAAGAAAUCUGAUCGGACGUCUUUACAGCUGCACGGUACUCUGCGAUUGAUAAAGGACACACGAAAGAUUCAUUACAGAUUAAAUCAACUUAAUCCAACAAAUUUGAACAUGAAAUUGCGUCUGUUUUUAAAGGCAGUUUAUUUCAAAAUGGCCGUAGAAGGAUAAGGAUGGGGUUUAUUAUUUUGGAUUUAGAAGAAUAUAAUUUAUGAUAUAGAGAAACAACUUUUUUAAAAUGGCAGGAAUAUCAGCGACAACAUCUCGUCAAGGAACACAGUUAUCGGCUAGGACACGGCCUACAACAUCCCUUCGUGGUGACGAUGAAGUUGGAAAUGAUCUUGUGAUUUGCAAAAUCUGUAACAAAGAAUUGACGAAUCCAAAACAUUUUCCAUGUCUCCAUACCUUCUGCGAAGGAUGUCUAAAUAUUCACGCCAAGGCAACGAGGGAAUCCGACUCAAGUGCUCAGAUAAGAUGCCCAACAUGCGCCGUACCGAUUCCAGAGUCCGCAGAAGCAGACCCAGAGAAAAUCGUGGCCAGACUUCCUGCCAACAACCUUCUUUUGUCACAUGUUAUGAAGCGGCAAUUGAAAACCAAACGAUGUAAGCCUUGUCAACGUCGAACGAAAACAUCCACCGCCAAAUCGUGGUGUUCAGAGUGCGCCGAAGCUCUCUGUGAUGAUUGUGUCGAGAAUCAUGCUUCCAUUCAAUCCUCGAAUCGACAUCUCGUGAUCCCGAUCGCUGACGCCGAGAAUAACCCGUACACUAUGCAAAGAAAAAUAUUCUGUAUAGAUCACCCACGAGAAGAGGUGACAAAAUUUUGUAUGGAACAUCAAUCAGCAUGUUGCGGAAGAUGCAAGACAGGUACGCACUCCCAAUGUACUUCAUUUCUUCCAAUAGACAGAGCAAUUGAGGUCAUGCGGAAGAAACAGGAGCUCACCGUCCUUGUGUCUCAACUAGACACCAUGAGUAGCAACGCUGAGAAAAUCGUAACUGAAAGGAAAAAAGCUGUUGAAGACCUUACUAGUCACAAAACGGAAGAAGAAAAACAGAUCCAAACAUUUCGGGAACACGUGAAUGAACAUUUGGAUAAUUUGGAAAAGGCACUCAAAGCUGAAUUUGAAGAACUCCAUGAGAGGGAAACCACUCAUAUAAGACAGGAUAUUGAAGUUUUUGAACAAAAACUUCAAAAUAUUAAUUACUACAAAGAUCUACUGGACGCGGCCACUAAGAACGUUCCUCCACUUGCUGUCCUUACGGAAGGGGCGAAAAUUCGACAGCAAUGCCAAUUAUUAGAGGAGAACAUGCAACAUCGCGCUGGGAAAAUCGUAAGAACUCAAUACGAUAUCAAAGAUUCCGACCUCGUUUCGAAAAUGCACACACUGGGUGUGGCUGAAGCUAAACACACCGCUCUUCAUUCUGAUAAGACAAUUGAUCACUUGCAGUUGUCACCAAGGUUACCAGUUCGUAUGUCUGAAAGAAGGCAUAAUUUCCUGGCUUUAAAGUACCAAAGUAGUUUCAUAUCGGGCGGAUUUGCGCUGAAUAGAAACCUAAUUUUAGUAGACAACAAAGGGCGAGAGGUCAGAGGAUACUCUGAAUCAGGAAACAGACUUGAUACUCAUGUAUGCCCUUUGUAUGGAAAUCCAUUUGAUGCUACUCUUCUUCCUGAUCGAAAGGGUACGAAUAUCAUUGCCGUCACCAUCCCAGUGAUGAAAACUAUUCAGCUACUAGAAGCUGGGACAAAAACUUUGAGCAUCAUGGAACGUUUCCACUUUAAAACCGUUAACCAAUGCUUUGGAAUCACCUUCGUUGACGGGAAAAUCUUAGUCGCCUGCCUGAAAUCCAUAGAUAUUUGGGAACUGGACGCAGACAACCGCUUGGUUUUUGUCAACGCGAUGAAAAUCGAAGGCAGUAAAGUGAAAUACAUCUGUGCAGCAGACCAUAACCGCGUCUACUACACGGAUUCCGACUUCCGCGGUUGCUUGUACUGCAUCACCACGGAUGGGAGCAACAUUUUCCGAUAUUCACACAAGAACUUGCGCGUUCCAAUGGGAAUCUCAGUGGACCACCGUGGAAGUGUGUACGUGGCCGGACAUUAUUCUAACAACAUCCACCAGGUGUCGCCAGAAGGCGGACUUAUCCAGAUCAUCUCCCCGGAGGACGAGGGCUUCAAGAAACCCAUAGUGAUGAUUUCUAAUGGAGAAAAGAUCUUCUUAAGCUACGAGAGUCACACCAUUACCUACAUGUAUCCGUCUUAAUACGCCACGGUAGUCACAUCACAGAACUCUGAGAACUCUUCACACAGUUCUGAAUAGAAAAACAUUUUUGUUGUAUAUGGGUGUGACUUAAUUUUGUACAUGUGUUUUUAAAUCUAACAAUUGUCUAAUUAAUUCAUUUUGUAUGCUGUUGACCUGUUGCAAGUAAAGUCUGCAUUUACUUCCAACAAAUAAAUUCAAAAUUUACAGAC